AUGGCCGACACAAAGCUCACCGAUCAGCAGGUCGCCGACCUCGCGACCAUCCUCCGUAGCGACUCGACCCUCGACUCCAAGGUCCAGUACGUCACCCUCAUCAAGUCCGGCAUCAAGCAGCACAAUGUCCCCGAGGCGAGCGUCCCGCAGCUGUUUGACGGCUUGCGCACCGCUGCCACCUCGCAGCAUGCCGCCCUCAUGAACGCCGGAUUCACGGCGCUCAACCACCUCCUGACCCGCCUGUCCCGUCAGGACCCCAAGCUCUUGACCAAGGAGGCAGGUCGCACGCUGCCCCUGGUUAUCGAGAAGCUAGGGGACCAGAAGGACAAGUUUCGCUCUCUUGCAUCGCACUCCCUCGUCACUCUGUACACUGUCGCGCCCGUCGAUGUUGAGCGAUUUGUCCGGACUACGGCCAUGGGAGGAAAGAGCGCCAGAGCAAAAGAGUCUGCCAUGAGUUGGCUAUUACAGAUGCACAAAGAACAGGGACUUCCCUUCCGGGCCUAUGUUCCCACGCUAAUGGAACUACUCGAAGAUGCCGACGGUAUGGUUCGAGAUGCCGCAAAGAACACUGUCAUUGAGCUCUUCCGGUCCGCCCCGGGUGCCGCCAAAUCGGAUCUUAAGAGACAGCUCAAGAACUUCAAGGUGCGACCCGCCAUUGAGCAGGCCAUCGUCAAGGAACUUGCCCCAGCGGGUGGCCGUCCCGAGACGCCUUCUGAAGCCCCUCCACCGCCCCGUCCACCCGAGAACCUCGACCCCUUGUACGUCAACACGCACCGAGAACUCGAUGACAUUUUUAAGGAAAUGGCGUGGUUCUUCGAUGGCAAGGAGUCGGAACAAAACUGGAUGAAGCGAGAGGAUUCCAUCACAAAGCUCCGAAGGCUGCUUGUGGGCAACGCGGCAUCUGACUUUCCCGAUAUCUACCUUGCUGGAAUUCGAAGCCUGUUGGACGGUAUCAUCAAGACGAUCGUCUCGCUGAGAACCAGUCUGUGCAAGGAGGGAUGUAGCCUUAUUCAGGAGCUUGCCAAUACGUUUGGCCCGGCCAUGGAUCCCAUGGUUGAGCUGCUCAUGCAGACGUUUGUCAAGCUCUCUGCCGGAACCAAAAAGAUCAGCUCACAACUCGCCAAUGUGACGGUGGACACAAUCGUGAGCAGAGUCUCAUACACCCCUCGACUGAUGCAGCACAUCUGGAUGGCCUGUCAGGACAAGAACGUCGCGCCUAGGACAUACGUCACGGGCUGGGUCAAGACCAUCUUGAAGAAGGAGGCCCAGCAUAAGAACCACAUCGAGCACACGGGUGGUGUUGAUCUGAUCGAGAAGUGUAUCAAGAAGGGCCUGGCGGAUGCGAACCCGGCAGUGAGAGAGAAGAUGCGAUCGACAUUCUGGGCAUUCUGGGGUGUCUGGCCCGCGAGAGCAGAUGCUCUCAUGGCCGAUUUGGACACGACCGCCCAGAAGCUCCUCAACAAGGACCCUAGCAACCCCAACUCGCCCAAGAAGGCAGAGCCUGUGGCGCGCCCAGGUCUUGGGCUUUCCAAGAGCACAAUGGGCACCAGCAAACCCAGCCUCCGCGAGGCAAUGAUGGCUCAGCGAAAGGCAAACCUUGCUGCCAAGAACCUCCCAGCUCGACCUGGCUCUGCCAUGGCUCACCUUUCACCCGUGAAGACGACGACGACAGCUACCAAGCCUUCGGCAACUCGAACCCGGCCAGAGGCUGGUGGCAUGUCAGGGGCUCCGAUGCGGCCAACGAGGAGAAGGCCGGAACUGGCGGCUCGUCCUGCCACUGCUGGCCCUUACUCUGUUCGUGAUCACCCGUCUGUGGAACCUGGGAGUCCUGAGAGUGUGAAGUCAAAGACCACGACGCCAAGGCCCAGAGCGACCACUCCUAAGAGGACUGGACCUCGGCCACGUCCCGGUCAUGCGCCUCAUGCCAGCGAGUCUAGCCUGCCAUCUCCUACUUCUGCAAGGUCGCCAGUCAAGCCAGCGGCUUCGCCCCGUGUGAGCCCUACCAAGUUGAAGCAAUCGCAGUCUGCUAUGCUACCCUCAAGCAGUCCCUCAAGGGCGAAUGAGGAUUUCACUCUCGUAGUCCCAACCAUGGCUGGCUUGCAACGGCAGGCAUCUGCACCACCCCCAGAGGCGCCUGAGGAGUUGAGUACUCCAGUGACCGAGUCCAUGCCAGAGCCUGUACUAGAGUCUGCUCCAGCACCUGCACCGGAGCCAGUUGCAGAGCCCGUGGCAGAGCUCGUGGUAGAACCGACUCCUGCUCCAGCUCCUGUCCCCGUUCUCGCAGAGCCCAUGCAGGUAGAGCCUGUGCCUGGAACUCCUGCCUCGACAUUGCAAGUGUACGAAGACCCCUUUACUGAUGAUCAGGCAACCCCCAAGCCGACCUUCAACCUCCCUGUGCUGGAGGACAAGCCUGUCAACGCCGAUGCGGCCAACCUGCCCAACGCUCAGACUCCCGUGAUGCAAGACGUAGACUCUCCCGAGAGGACGAAGCAGAACUCGCGGCUGCUGGACAGUGGCAUCACAAGGAUCAAGGCCCGAACUCUUGAUGUCCACGGCUUCCGGAAGCUGCAGUCUCUCUUGCGAGACAGCAAGGGCAUCUUCACGGACGACAAGUUUGAGGCGCUUCUGAUUGGCCUGUUCCAGUAUCUUGAGGACCCCUUGCCCAAUGUCAACGUGGACAAGGCCCAGGAUAUCAAGGCCCAGAUCCUGGCCACCAUCAGGCUACUUCUCCGAAAGGAACGUGACAACUUCCAGCCUCACGUGUCCAGGGGCCUCGAGUCUCUUCUCGAGACUCGCAGCGCAUAUGACAUCCGUGCACACAUUGUCAGCGGCGUCGAGCUGCUGGCUGACGAGCUUGUCACCAUUGGCGAUGGCUCUGAGAUUGUUGUUGUUCUGACCAAGCGUCUCGAAGCGUACGACGGUACUGCCCCUGAGGACAACCGUAUCCUCAGCACGGGACUGCAUGUUCUACGGACCAUGCUCGACAAGAGGACCACCUUUGUGCCCACCGACACAGAGCUCGGCCAACUUGCUGCUCUCGCCGGUCGGUGCCUCGUCUCGGCUGAUUCUGGCGUCCGCAUGGAUGCUGUUCAGCUCUGCGUGGCUCUGCACGCUCGCGUCGGCGAGGAGUCCUUCUGGCAUGCCCUCAGGGAUGUCCAGGACGAUCCUAAGAGCUUGAUCACAUACUACAUCGUCAAGAGACAGCGCGAGCAGGGCCCUCCUGUUGCUGCCUGA